CCUGUCUCCCAAUCAGAGGGUCACAAUUUCCGUGACGUCCACCGGAAAGAGAGAGGACGUAAACGCACCACGUAAAGCAAAACAGAUGCCACCACAAAUCAGCGACAGAGGACGUCAACGAAAUUAGCCGAAGGUACUGCCAGGCGGAGUGGAGACCUGAGGAGAAGAAAGAAAGACAGACACAAACAACGACGACGUACCUAGACGGCCCUAGUUAGUUAGCUUCGAGAUAAACGUAGUUAUUCCGUAAAUCCAGAAAGUUUCUCUGAAAACCGACGUUUCUCAUACACAGAAGGUCAGCUCACCAGGUGGCAGACGUCGCUAUGGCCCAGGAAACCAAUCAGAGCCCAGUUCCUAUGCUCUGUCCCACUGGCUGUGGUUUCUACGGCAACCCUAGGACUAAUGGCAUGUGCUCUGUGUGCCACAAGGAGCACCUGUCAAGACAGAACAAUGGAGGAGUCAGUACUUUGAGUGCUGUGGGCAGCAGCAGUGCCUCCACAGCCGAGGCUUCGGCCAUCCAGAGGUUAGAGGCCACUCUGAAUAAUGCUGCAGCUGCUGCGGUCGCUGCUGCAGAGGUGGCAGCCGAGGCCGCCGCCUCUGCUGAGGCCGCUGCCUCCGAGGCUCUCAGUGGGAUUUCAACAGCCAUUUCUGUAACACAACAGAUGACUGAGAUGAGUCUCUCCUCUGAGGAGAAAGGCGCGUCGGCAAGCAAAGUAGAGCUCCCAGAGCCAGUGUUGAGUCAGCCCACAUUCUCAGCCUCCCACCCCUCCACUGCUGGCAGUGAGGAGUUCAAAGCCCCAGAGCCCCCAAAACCCAAGAAGAAUCGCUGCUUUAUGUGCCGCAAAAAGGUUGGCCUUACAGGUUUUGACUGCCGCUGUGGGAAUCUGUUCUGCGGACUUCACCGUUACUCCGACAAGCAUAACUGUCCAUACGACUACAAAGCCGAAGCUGCUGACAAGAUCCGCAAAGAGAACCCAGUGGUGGUUGCUGACAAGAUCCAGAGAAUAUGAAGAGGACUCUCAGGUUGACUCUGAAUACUGGGAGCGAUCGGCUUAAAAAAAAAAAGGACUUGAGCCCAACCUUCUUCCUGAAGGACCCGUUGUUGUUUUUUUCUCCUCCCUCUUGUUUGUUACACAGUCAGGACUUUUUCCCCCAGUGCAUGAAAGUUCACGUAUAUUUUUAGCUUUCAUUCUCGUGUGUGUGUGAGUUUAACACUUUUGGAGAGAUGUAUUGAACAAACAUUGCAUAUGUGAGGAUGAGGGGGUGGGUCCAUAUCAGCCAAUGAGGGAGAUUGCUGAAGAAGAAAAAAAAAAGUCAUUGCCCUUCUUUGAAAAUGCUGUCGAUGGCUGUCUGGUCUGUUUUGUGACCCCCCCCUCCCCUGAGAUCGCUUGAACUUUGCCUGGAACGAGCUCGGACAUUCGGGCCUGUUAGGACUCUCAGACUGUUACUGCUGUUGGCUGAUGGCGUCGUCUCAGCCGUGCUUGCUCUCUGCUGGCUUGAGUAGCAAAAUGGAUGUUAUCAUUGUUUGUCUUUUCUUUUUUUUGUCCAGUCAGAGUUUAACCCUCCUUACUUGUCAGACUUUGCGUCUUGGUAAGUUUUUAUCAUCCCUGAAAUGCUUCUCUGUGCCGCUGGAGUGUGGUCUACUCUGGCCUCCCCCCCUCCUCAUACACACAGCUACUCCCACAUGUUAAAAAAGAGACUUUGAAGAAGAGACUUUGUCGCCGGCCCUUUCUCGCUGGCUCAUAUUCCUUCCCUCCUGCUGUGUGUGUGAGGCACUAGAAAUACAACGUAGUUUGACAGUUUACUUUUUCUCUCUGUCGAUCUUGGGCUGAAUGCUGUGACCCGGGAUCUGAAUGACAGGGACAUGGACUUCCUGCUCUUUAGGUCUUCAAACCAUCCACUGAAGUCACAUUUAGUUUUUGUUUGUUUUUUUUGUUUUUCCCAGAAAAGUGGUGUGUAUGCUGUGUGUGUUGUUGUAUGACAAGUAGCCUAAACUUGUAUUAAUUUUUGCCUUUUUGGAAGGGUUUAGCUCCACUAAUACUUUCAUCUUUUACUUCACUAUUGAAUGUUUUCCUCAAUUUUUAAAAAAAAUGUGAGCUGACAAAUUCACAGCGUUGGGAGUGUCGGAGUGUUGCGCACUGUGCAUCAAACACAGUGUGCGUGUGUGUUUGUGGGUGUAGAUGUCGACAGCCGGUGUAUGAGUAUCGUAUGAGGUUAAGUGGUUGUGUGCCGCGGUGACUUAGUGUGACCUGAGGUCGUAGGUUAUUAAUAAUUUUCAGUUUUUGUUGAUUUUUUUUGGUCUGGCUGCUUAAUCUGUUUGUUUUGUUUUUUACCCUUUAGUUGUGCAAGUUUGUACAAACAUCUUUAUUUAUAUACUGCAGUGCGCGUAAUCCUCCAAUAAUACAGAAUAAAUUGUAUGAUGUAAAUAAAUUAUGUUCACAAAUAUGAAA